CACACACACACACACACACACACACGCUCACACACACGGCACAUCUUUCAGACCCGGCCCCCGCGCCCAGCUCCAGGUGCCGGGAGAGGCCGAGUGCUGAGCCGGCCGCAGGAGGCAGUCCCGACCUCAGCUGCCGGGGAGAGACGGAGCCUGUGGCUGCUGAGGCUGCUGAGCAGGGCCAGGCCGGGCCCUGCCCUCAAGGACACCGAAGCCCUUCACCGGCCCCUGGGCCUGGGAGCCCACCAGGCUCUCCCGCUGGCCCCACCAUGACUUCGGAGCCCACAUCGCCCCCAGUCGUGCCCCCGCUCCACUCCCCCAAGUCCCCAGUCUGGCCCACCUUCCCCUUCCACCGGGAGGGCAGCAGGGUCUGGGAGCGGGGCGGUGUCUCAACUCGGGACCUGCCCAGCCCCCUGCCCACCAAACGGACCAGGACGUAUUCGGCGACAGCCCGUGCCUCGGCUGGCCCCGUGUUCAAGGGCGUCUGCAAGCAGUUCUCCCGCUCACAAGGCCACGGCUUCAUCACCCCUGAGAACGGGUCAGAGGACAUCUUCGUGCACGUAUCUGACAUCGAGGGGGACUACGUCCCUGUGGAGGGUGACGAGGUGACCUACAAGAUGUGCCCCAUCCCACCCAAGAACCAGAAGUUCCAGGCCGUGGAGGUGGUGCUCACCCAGCUGGCCCCACACACGCCCCACGAGACGUGGUCCGGGCAGGUCGUGGGCUCCUAGGCUGGGGGGGCGCCCCCCAGGGUGGACAGGUGGGCAGGCCUCAUGCCCCACUGCACUGGCUGACUCGGUCCCCCAGGCGGCCUCAGUGCGCACGUCUGUCUGUCUGUCUGUCUUGCACGUGUGCUUCCAUCCAGCCCCGUGACCUGUGACUGUUGUGUGAGCUGGACCGAGGGGGCGGCCUCCGACCUGCCCUCUCUGCUUGUCCGCUCUCUCCUUCCUCCCCUCCCUGGCACACUGGCACAGGCCCUCUCGCCCCUGCCCACCUGUCCUGUGUCCACUGAACCUCCAGAGCCUGCAUCAGGCCUGGGGCUGGGCGUCGGGGGCACCCCGGGCCCUGCCGGGACAAGCUUCUCCGCAGCCUGGGCCUCUGGCCCUGGCCCGGCCGGACUCUGCUUGUUACUCAACCCACCCCUGGGCCCGGGGCUCCAGUGCUGGCCGGGACCCGCCCUCAGAAGCCAGGCCCGUGAGCACUUUGGGGGCCUCCAGCCUCCGGCAAGGAAAGGUAGUGAAAGGUGGCCAGCCGGCCCUCCUCGGGUGGCCGGGCCAGCCUGCCUUCUCCCGCUCUCAGCACGCACUGGAGGCGGGAGAGGGCCUGAGGCAGAAGGCAGUUUGGGGUUCCUUUGGCUGGCCAGUCCCUCCUCCUCAGCCUGGCAGUGGCUCUGUGAACCCCAAACUGAGGUCCCAUCUUCUCCCCUGGCCACGCGGAGUCUUGCUGCCUCCAUUUCCCCAGGAGAUGCGGGUCUGCGGAGUCGGGGGGACGUCCCCCCAGCUUGGAUUUAGGCCUCCCCUUUCCCUGACUCACGAGCCCCACUGAUGCUCUGCCCGUGCUCAGCACGGCGGCUGGUGAGGACCCAGCGGUGGGUGGACACAGCCCCUCAGGCAGGGCCAGGCGGGGGCACCCACAGGAGUAGCCUCAGCCUGGGGGACCCCCAGCCCUGCCACCCCCUGCUGGACCCUCUUCCCAAAGCCGAGACGUGGCUCCCACCGGCCUCCAAGCCAGUGGCUGAGCUGUGGUUCCUGUUGUCCGUCCCUUAAAGUGUGUGCGUGUGUGUGUUGUGUGCAUGUGUGUUGUAUGCAUUCACUCUUGGGUGGGGGGUUGGCCUGGCCAGGAGGCCAGGAAGGAGGGUUUCCUCCCCCCGUGCCCGCCUCCCAGAGCACAUCGUCUGGUGGGGACUGGAACGGGGCUAACGGGAGGGCUGCCCGGACGGGCGGAGAGCCGGUCUGUGUGUCAACGGCUCAGAUGCCCAACCUCAGGGUCAGUGACUGCCUAGGAUCCCCAGCCCUGGAGAUGCCCCAAGGCUCCAGGGUGGAGCCCGGCUGGGAUGUGUCCCAUCCCUGCCCCCAGUCCUUACGAGGCUGGCAGCUCAGAGCUGCUGAGAUGGGCUGGCAGCCCCCCACCUGAGAACGGCCCAGCCCAACACCCACUCUGAGCCGGGGCCGCUCUGGCAAGGCCCCAGGCCUUUCCUUGGGGAACAAGGACCCCCUGGCCUCCUGGGCAGGUUUAUUGAUGCAGGUUAACCCCUAGGAGCCCCCCAAGGCCCCCUGUCCUGUGAGUAGACCCCCCUUUUCAGGCACUGGCAAGGGGGAUGUGGGACAUCAGCCCUGGGGCCACCUGGGUGGCUGAGGUCAGUGGCAUUCUGUCACUCACACCCCAGUGUCCAGUCACACACCCUCCUGAGGCCCCCCACCCCCCGGGCUCCCGUCCUUCCGAACACUGGCAAUAAACCCUCAGC